AUGCAAAAGCCAGACUUUUCUGGAGCUCUGGGCAGCCAGUUGCUGAUGCAGGCGGUGAGCUUUGCUGGUGAGAGCUCUGGGCAGCCAGUUGCUGAUGCAGGCGGUGAGCUUUGCUGGAAAGCCAAAGGGCCUAUGGCACAUGGUGAGAUUGGCAACUACGUGCAAUGCCAGGUGGAUGCCUUCAUGGUGGCGACCAACAUUGCAAACAUGGGCCUGGCCAUCAACUACGCGGCCAACUCGGGCCACUGCAAUGGGCACCACCGUCUCAACGACAAACACAAAGCCUUGUGCGCCACGGACAUUGCAGGCGCAGUGGCUUACUUCUCUCAAGCAAUCACGUUCAUUGAGUUCCUGGUCGUGAACUGCCCGAACCUGAUGAACUCGAGCGCGCUCUGCGGUGCUGGCAUCACUGGCAUCACUACGGCCGCGGCAAGUGUUGCUGCCGCUGGCUCUGCCAUUGAUGGCGGCUGUAACCGUCCCCCAAUUCCACCUCCCAAUCGCCCGAGCACCACCGCCACCGCCACCGCCACCACCGCCACCGCCACCGCCACCGCCACAGAAACCGCCACCGCCACCGCCACCGCCACCGCCACCGCCACCGCCACCGCCACCACCACAACCGCCACCACAACCGCCAGCUCCACCACCGAUGCCAACCAGACAACCAUUCCCGAUGUGACCAUCACGUCCACCACAUUCACCUCAACUAUUGGCAACAGACAAAGUGCCGCACCGAAUCAACCUGUGAUUAACCCGGGCACUGAUCAAGAUGGGAACACAUGGCUUGGGAUCGCGUGGGGCGAGCCUGGAGCCUGCGGGAACGACCCCCUCAGCUGCAGUCCGAGCGACCCAAAUGUCGACAACCGAUUCAACCUUUGCCCGAACAUCUCGAACCCGACAACAAUCCAGUUCCUGGUGAGAAAUUCCAACACUGGAGGCGGCAGCAUAAGGCUUGUGUCACCAGUGUUCUUCAUCGGCGGGGAUAACAUUCUGUCUUCAAGCUACGCCGCUGCCAAUCCCCUGAAGGAAAUCAAUCUAACGGCAGACGGAUACACCGCCAGGUGGCAACAAAACCUCAAACCCAAUGAAGGCGGAGAUACGAUUUGGGGCCCCAACUGUGAGGAGUUUGCAGAACCAACAAGCCCCAGCAAUUUUGCACGCACAACCUUUUGCCUGGGAGAUGGCGGCGACUACCAGUCCAUUGUUGGCGGUCAGCCACAGAGUCAACCCAACAACCCUCCCGACACAGGCUUCUGCGUCUGCAGCCCCCUGAGUGACGCAAACACUUGUGCAACGGCCAACAACAACAAUGGUUGUUUCUUCCCAUUUAUCGUGUUCAUCCUCAUGGGAUGUGGACCCGGCGGCCUGGACCCUUGUGUGAUCAACUGA